AUGUCCCACCUAACCUACUACAACUACGACGGCGUCGGCAAAGCCAAUCAAUCCAAAUUCAAAUACAGUCAAGCCGUCCGCGUCGGCGACCGCAUCGAAUGCGCCGGACAGGGUAUCCCUUCCACUUCCCCUAUAUUCAUCGGACCAACUGAUCAAUAUGAAGGAGGCUGGGACCCCAGCACAGGAACCAUCCCCCGCGAAAUCAACGCGCAGAUCGACCAAGCCUUCGCCAACGUGGACAUGAAUCUACGGAACGCAGGCGGCGAGGGCUGGAGCCAGGUGUACCGGGUGAACUCGUACCAUGUUCCGAUCAACGACGAGGCGCUGGAGGCGAUGGUGCGGAAUUUCCAUAAGUGGGUUCCGGGGCAUGAGCCGAUUUGGACGUGUGUGGGGGUGACGAGGUUGGGGGAGGAUGAUAUGAGGGUUGAGAUUGAGGUUGUGGCUCAUGGCCAGCUGCAGGAGAGUGGGGAUGCUCUAUUAGCUCCGUCUAAGGGGUUUGACUUUGUGAACGAGGAGAACACGGCGUUUCUACCUCAGUACGAAGAAGGUCUGUCGUCGACGAUUGGACUUCCUCCUGCUUUGGACUCCUUACCGGUUGAUUACGGGUUGUUUGAGGUGUUGAAUCAGAUGAAUAUGGAUCGGAUGUGGUAG